CCCUUUCAGUCAUAAAUUAGGGAAAAGCAAGCAGACAGCUACACACAAGACUCUCUCUCUCCCUCUCCCAUUGCAAUUGCUGCUUCUUCUCUUGGAACGGAACGAUAAUUAGUUUCUCUCUCUCUCUCUCUCUCACUCAUACUCAUACUCAUACUCAUACUGAUAGAAUCACAAUCAUCGAUGCUCCUCGUUCCUCCUCUUUCUGCAUCGUCUUCCUAGACUCUCUCUUUGUAACCACUCAUCAUGGCGGCUGCGUUUGAUGGAUUCUCCAUAAGGGACUACACAUCCAAGAUGAGGUCCGUCGACGUCUUCAAGUGCUGGCCCUUCACAUCGACCACCUCCACGGACGUCUCUCGUCAGGAAGUUCAGUCCUGGCUUCCUCCGAUGACGCUUUGCCCUAGAUCCGACCAUUCCAACCACCAUCCCCACAAUCCGCCUUCUGCCGAGGAACUUUCUAGAACAGACGAGGACGACCACCACGAUUAUUGCAGCCAAGAAGAAUCCGCGCCUGCUCAGGACGCCGCCAACGAGGAAGACAAAUUGGAGAUGCUUUGUCCGGUUUGCCGCCAAUUCAACGCCGCCACGCUCACGGCGGUGAACGCGCACAUCGACGGCUGCCUCGCGCAGACCAUGAGGGAGGAGCGUCGCCACAUCAGGAUAAUGAAUUUCAACUCCUCCUCCUCCUCGUCUGCGUCCAAGGCCAAGGCGCCGAAGAAGCGCUCCAUCGCCGAGAUUUUCAAAGUGGAGGAGGAGCAGCAGCCGCAGCCGCAACCACAGUCGUCGUCGCCGCAAAUCGAGAGCGUGUUGAAGUACUGGCCGUUCCACGAGGACGACGCCGACGAUGUGUCGAUUACCGUUACGAAGUUCGAGUGGCUCUCUCGGCGCCUCGAGGCGCUGAGAUCUACGCGCGGGGGCGGCGAGUCGGCGAAACCGGACCGAAGAGAUUCCGCUGAGGAGGAGGAGAAGCUGGAGAUGGUGUGUCCUGUUUGUCGAGAUUUCAACGCCGCCACCGUGACGGCGGUGAACGCGCACAUCGACGGUUGCCUCGCGCAGGCCGUUAGGGAGGAGCGGCGGCAGAUGAGGAGGACUGGUUGGAAGCCCAAACCUAAGGCGCCGAAGAAGCGCUCCAUCGCGGAGAUUCUCACGGUGGCGCCGCCGAUUGAAGCCGGCAAAAGUAAGGCGGUUCAGGUUGAGGAAGAUGAAGAGAAAUCCGAUUAUGUCUGUGGAGAUUCAACGAGUGCUGCUCCUGCUCCUACUGUUGCUGUGGCUCCCGUCGUUUCGGUAAUUAAGAUCAAGAACAGUACGAACAAGAUUAGGAAAAAGAAGAAGACGAAGAAGGUGAAGAAGAAGAAAAGCAAGGUGGAAAAGUACGCUGAGAGUGGCGUGUCGUUCGUGAACAAUGAGAAGAAGACGGUUGUGAGCAAGAAGAAGAAGAAGAAAAAGAAGAAUGUCUUCAACAACGGACCAAAUGUUAAGAAGGAUGAUGCUUACAAGCGCAUGGUGCAAACUGCCGUCAAUAGUUCCAGAAAACUAAAAGGUACAGUUGGUAAUAAAAUGGUUCCACUCCAUGAGGUUGAUCGUUCUAUCGAGAGAAAGAAAUUGGGCUUAAAUUGUUUAUCGGUAGAAAAGAAGCAAAAAGUUAAAAACUGCAACUCAGUUGGAAAGAAACAAAAAGCAGUAUCUCCUGUUCAUGGCACUCUUAAGAAGAAUUUUAAACAUGUUUCUGAACAGACAUCAAGUGACAGUGAUAUUCGAGAUGGUACUGAAGAAAGGCAUUACAAUUAUCAAGAGCCAACCUUGGACAGACAUGUGAAAUUCUCUGGUAAAGAUGAUAUUCUUGGUCCAAAAAAGACAAAUUCAUUUGAUGAAACCAUGUUCAAAAUAUCUUCGGAUGUGCUGGCUUCUUCUGUAGUAAAGGAGAAGUCCUCUGGAAGUGAUGAAGAAACUGCAAGCUUGGAGCCAAACAAAAAUUAUGACCGUAUUGCCGUUAAUAUAGACAGCGACAAGAGAGAGGAGGUUAGCCCUAUAGUUGAAAGUAAACAGUUUUCUAACACUCUGGAACAAGUUACUGUACAAAGCUUCUUGAAGCCGAGUAUCAGUGAAGAGAAGUCAAAGCACUUAGAAGAGAAGUCAGAAUUGUUGACCAAGGUGGCAGUUUGUGACAAUAAUAAUUCAGAGUUCUUUUAUGGGGGCAACAGAACCACCCUGCAUUGUUCUCCGUAUGCCGACAUUUCUAGACCUCUUUCCGCAGUCCAAGAAGAGCAGAUGUCUGGUAUAAAUACACAAUCGUGUGAAUCUGGAUCUUUCAGCUACAGUGGAAAGUUGGACCAUCUGGAUGAUCCACAGGUUGAUGCUGUUAACUUAAAUGAAAUUACAAAGACUUUUCUGGAGCCUUCGUCAUCUUAUUCUGCUUCAUAUAAUAAAGCAAAUGAAAAACCAGAAUCUCCAUUGCAAACUUAUGGAGAUAAAGAUAAUAGUGGUGAGGCCAUGGGUGACAGACAGUUGUCUCAUAUGUUUUCGGCAGAUAUGAUUGAUAACUCAUUCCCCUUUACAGGCUGGGAGAAAGGAAGUGUUAAAAGUAGCUGUUUGGAUCCGAAUUUUUUCGGUUUGCCACUGAAUUCUCAUGGCGAGCUAAUCAAUUUCAGUUCAAGUGCAAACUUGGGGAAGAAACAGUCAGAGGCAUCAAGUACACUACAAGGUUCUUUAAGUGGUUUACCCAUUAAUAGUAUUCUCCAUCAAAGUAACCAGGAAAAUAUAAGCAUUAAUGAGAAUCAUGUUGUUCCGAAGACAUUUCCAAAAGAUGGUCUUAAUCCAUUUCCUUAUCAUCCAACCAGAUUAGCUGUCACUGAGUUACAAUGCAGAGAGAGAGAAGAUAUCCAGCGACCUAACUCAGAUAUGCGUUCCAGUCACUAUGUCCCGCCACUUAAUUCAGAGUUGAACCUUAAAAAAAACUCGUUCAUUGAACAAAAUCAAUGUGACCAGGUCCGGAAUCACAAUGGAAAUGGGGUGAUUUCUGUGAAAGAAGGUUCGGAUCAUUUCUCACUGUGUUCCAGCCAACCAACAAUGAGGUUGAUGGGCAAAGAUGUUCCAAUAGGUAGAAGCAGCCAAGAGAUGCAACAAUUUGUGGGAGAUGUUUGGACUGAUGAGGAAUCCAGAAGAAGGAAUUAUUCUGAAUAUGCUGCUUUAGAACACUCUUUGUUUGGAAGAAGUUCUAAGCAGGAUUGGAUAUCUGGUUCACCUUUGCAAAUAUCAUCUGACAAUGUAUUGCAAUCAGCAAAAAUUCAAAGCAAUCAAGCGUUACAAAGCACCGUAUUGAUGAGCGGUACAGACUCUGGAUUCUCUCAACAGUUUAUUGAUCUGCAAAGUAAUCAGUUAUCUCAAAAUGGAAGUCUUGGAGUCAACAGAAAUGGAAGCUCUUAUUUCAAUCCCAUUACUCAAAAGUCUACAUCGUAUGCAUUAUUUAAUGGGGCAUCUAAUGACUUUCCAGAGCAGUUUGUACCUGGAGCUAAACCCCUAGGAUUGAGCUCUGAAUCACUGGUGCUACCUACUCCUGGCAAUUUUAGUCACUCGACCCGAUUAAGCAAUGGCGAGCUGAAUGACAGAAACAAAAAUCCAAGUGUUACCAAAUCAGCCUUCGGAUUUCCUUUCUUGCAGCCCAAUGUCAAUGAACAGGCCAAAACAUCUUGGUUUCAUAAGCCCUACAGAAGUUCACCGUCAUGGUUCUCAAGCUCAACAGAUGAAAUGCUACCAGGGACCUUUUCUCAGCAAUUUUCUGGCGCAAGUAGUCAAAGCUUUCCUCCAAAUCCGUGGGGAAAUAAUUUCACUACGCCAUCUGUGAAUCGUUCAGAAGAAUUUCGCUUUCCUUCUAAUCAUCUGACUUCUCUGAGUCCCAUGCAGACGACUCCUCUUUCUCCAGCAUCAAUUGUUCAACCUCUACAUGUUCCAGUUACAUCCUCUACCAUAAAUAGUGGCAAUAGAAACAUAAAUAAGGUCUCUGACAGAUUGAAGUUGGAUGACCAUCAUCCGUGCACAAAUACCAGGAAGAGACCCGCAGCUAAUCUUGAUGAUUCCAGAAGACCUACCAAGUUACCUCAUAUACAAGUGCAAGAAAACUUGAGUUGUAUGACUAGGUUGACCGGAGAAAAGUCAAGCGCAGAACUGCAGCGAAACACAAGUGCACUCGAACUGGAUCCGCAAAUGGGCAGUACUAGGAGUAGAUGUUGUCAGCAUGAGGCACAAAAUCUAAAUCCUGUAAGUUAUCCUGCUGUGAAUUCUUUUAAACUGGACGGCAUGGUAACGUCAGGUCCUGUCCGACUUGGUCCUAAAAGAGCCAAGCACAUCCUAAAAUCCUCUUGAAGUAUGGAUCAGGAUGACAAACUUUUCUGCCAUAUUCUCAUUCGUGACUACUGACAGUGAUAGUGAUGUAGAAAUUCAGAGAAAAUUGACAAAAGUAUACUGAUUUUAGGUGUAAGUCAUCAUUUUAUCAUAUCUGUUUUUCCUCCUCCAUAGUAUAUAUCCAUUUAAAAACAUAACAGGAUUGUCCAUGUAUCAAUAUUGCCAGGUUGCUGAAACCGGUGGAAAAUUGAUAUAAAUUCCAUCCAGCUUCUCAGUUUUGAAGUUUUAGAUCCUUACAGAAUUUUGUACCCAAAGAUGACGCUUUCGAUAUCUAUUUUUGAGCCAGGUAUUCCCCACAUGGCAUCUGUUCAAUGACUAUGCAAAGAUGUGCUUUUUCCGAUACAGCAGAAAGAAAUGAAAGAUGGUCUUUAGAAUAA